CGGCGCCGAUUGGCGGAGCCGGGCCGCGAUCCCGCCCGGGCGGGGAGGGCGGGGCCCAGGCGCUGUUUGUGUGCUCGGGACGCGACGGGAGCCGGGGCCGCCGCAGCACUGCCCAGCAGAGCCGACGCCAGCGCCCCGCUCCGUGCCGCGGCGUCGCUGCCUUCCCGCUUCGCAGGGCGCGCGGUGCAGCAGCAGCCCGGCCAUGACCAGCAGAGGAGCUGCCAGGCCGAAUGGGCAGGCCCAAGCUAGCAAAAUCUGUCAGUUCAAGCUGGUGCUGCUGGGUGAGUCGGCGGUGGGGAAAUCCAGCCUGGUGCUGCGCUUCGUCAAGGGGCAGUUCCACGAGUACCAGGAGAGCACCAUCGGGGCGGCGUUCCUCACGCAGUCCGUCUGCCUGGACGACACAACGGUGAAGUUUGAGAUCUGGGACACGGCCGGCCAGGAGAGGUACCACAGCCUGGCCCCCAUGUACUACCGGGGGGCGCAGGCGGCCAUCGUGGUCUACGAUAUCACCAACCAGGAAACGUUUGCGCGGGCGAAGACAUGGGUGAAGGAGCUGCAGAGACAAGCCAGCCCCAGCAUCGUCAUCGCCCUGGCUGGCAACAAGGCCGAUCUGGCCAGCAAGCGCAUGGUGGAGUACGAAGAGGCGCAGGCCUACGCAGAUGACAACAGCCUGCUGUUCAUGGAGACGUCGGCCAAGACAGCGAUGAACGUGAACGAUCUCUUCCUGGCCAUCGCCAAGAAGCUGCCAAAGAGCGAGCCCCAGAGCACGAGCGGUGCGGCGGGGAGGAGCAGAGGCGUGGACCUUCAUGAGCAGAGCCAGCAGAACAAGAGCCAGUGCUGUAGCAACUGAAGGGCGGCCGGCGGCAGCGGCCCGCGGGCAAGGAAGAGCGAAGCCGUUAACGUCCCCCCCGUCCUCCACACCCCCCUCCGUACCGGCACACUGAGACCCGUCGGAAGCAGCCCCCCCAGAGCUCCGUCUAACUGCACUUUUUAACGCUUCAGAGCCGCUGCCAGAGCCCCGUUACCACCCGAUGGCCUGGAACCAGAUCCACCGGGGACUUAACUUCCAGAACCGAACUCUUCUUCACUUUGUAUUAUAGGUGCAGAGAGCGACCUAACUCCCCUUCUGCCCCCCCUGUGCCCCCCUCCCGCCUCCCCCUUUGCUUUGGUAAAUCCUGCUCUCGGUCCCGCCGGGGCGCGGGGACGCGAGGAGGCGGCCGCGGCGCCC